AUGCAACCUUCCCUCAGAAGCUCUCGAUUGUCUGAGAAAGUAACAUCUGCGCCGGUUUCCUCCGCCGCUGGGCCCUCUGAAUCUUCCCGAAAACGAGUCCGCAAGCAGCGCCGAGAAACAACUCCGUCACCACCGUCACCACCUGCUGCAGUUACCUCUUCCUCUGAUGAUGAGGCACGAAAUCAGGAGAAUCCCGAUUUGCUUCGCUCGCACAUCACACCGGUCUCGAGUCGGUUUGUCACAAGCAAUGCAGCUGAAAGGUAUGAAAAGUUGGCUCCCCGGGGCUUCGUGAUUCAACAAAGGUUAGAUGUGAAUGAUGAGAACUUGUCUGAUGUGAAAAGAGUGGUAGUUAGGUCCGGACUGAUCUAUACUCUAAUUGACUGCGAUUUAUUUCACCCAAAUGUCGUGAAAGAGUUCAUUGCGAAUCUGGGGGCUGCUGAGAAUAGAGAGGAUGGCGUUGCUGUAUUUCUUCGUGGAUCUAUGGUAGAUUUCACAACUACACUGAUCAAUGCUCUGUAUCUGAUUCCGGGAUUUGAAGAGGACCCUGACUACAUGACUGCUGACAUCGACAUUGUGUGCUCGUUUUUGACCGAUAAUCGAGUGCAACGUUGGGAAGACAUGAGCUCCAAAUACCUAACUCGGACAAAUCAGGUGCUCUACAAGCUCGUGUGCUCCAACUGGAUACCUACGACUAACUACACUUCAAUGAAUCAGGAGCGACUCAAGUUCCUCUACAUGCUUCAUCAUCACAGGAGUUUUGAUUUUGGUCAGUCCGUUUAUGAUCAGAUCAUCAGUUUUUCAGCUAACGUUAACACUGACAAGUCUCGGAGGAUCAUCUUCCCUACGCUGAUUCAGCAAGUCAUUGACUAUCAACGAACUGUGUUGUCUUUUGAAGAAGAUGAUGAGUACACAGGAUAUCCGAAGCUCGUUGUCAAAGACAUCAAGGCAGGUCGAGGACAGGGUGCUGAUGCUCGGUCUGUGGAUCUUUUGGCUGACAUUGAGCGAACCAUAGCUGAUCUGAAAAACAUUCGGAUUCGCUUGAGGAGUAAGGGUGUCAUACUUGUAGUCAUUUCUUGA